UUUAGCCCAAACGGGGACAUUCUUUCUUUCUUCCUUUCAAACUACUCUCUCUUUCUCUCACUACUUUCUCUCUCCUAAAGAAUACAAAGCGGUUAGGCUCUUCUUCUCUUUGCUACAAUAAUCCAUAAGGACGAUAUUACCCUCCGUUUUCUUCUCAAAUCCCCAGCGUCUCCCACCUCUUUAGAUUCUACCAACAGUCAAAGAUCCUCCUUUGCUGAUCAACAAAAAAAAAAUUUUCUCUUCUAUAGUUUUUUUUUUUUUUGGUUUUUUGUUUUUUGUUUUUUUCCCUCUCAUUCUUGCAUUUUCUUUUUCUUUCUUUCUGUUUCUUUCCUUUUUUCAUGGAAAACAAACAUUAACCGCUGAAAAGAAAAAAGAAAACAAACUAAAGCAUGGAUUUGACUGAAGGAGUGGGAGAGAGUUCGUCACCGCCUAGAAGUUUCGGAAGCUAUAGCAACUAUGAUGUGAGGAACGAUGUUUACAAUCGGUUAGUGGAGAGCGGCAACGAAGACGCUGUUAGCAAUCCUGAGUUCCGUGAACAGUUAGACUCUCACUUCAAUCGCUUGCCUGCUAGUUAUGGACUCGAUGUUAACAUGGAUAGAGUGGAAGAUGUUUUAUUACAUCAAAGGCUCCUUGCCUUGGCAAAAGACCCGGAGAAGCGGCCUGUUUACCAUAUCCGUUUCUUGGAGAAUAUUUCUACUAGAACAGAGGAUAAUGGCAAUCAACUAUUUACAAGUACUCUUACAACACCUAGGUCAUUGUGUGAUGCAGCUAAUGAAGAAGUUCCUGUGUCACAUAAGAGCAAUCAUGCAAUUGACUUUGAACCCUGUUCUAAGCUUGAGGACUUAAAUUUGGAUGUUAGAAAUAAAUCCAAGGACGUGGAGGAAAGAUAUACAAUGGUGAAACUUCCCAGAAGGGAAGAUGUUGCUCCUAUUCCAAUCCAUGAAGUGAUAUUCUCUACCAUUGACAAGCCUAAGCUUCUUAGCCAGCUUUCUGCUUUGCUGUCUGAUAUAGGGCUGAACAUCCGUGAAGCACACGUUUUCUCAACAACUGAUGGCUACUCCUUGGAUGUAUUUGUGGUCGAUGGAUGGCCAGUUGAGGAUACAGAUGGUUUAUGGGAAGCUAUGGAAAAAGCAGUUGCUAGAAGUGAGGGUUCAUGGUCCAGAUCUUCACAAUCUCAUUCAGCCGUGGAAAAAGCAUUGACAGUACAGGCAAAACUUGGAGAUUGGGAAAUUGAUAGAAGAUUAUUGAAAAUGGGAGAACGAAUUGCAUCGGGAUCCUGUGGAGACUUGUACCAUGGAGUUUAUCUUGGUCAAGACGUUGCAGUUAAGAUUCUUAGGUCUGAACAUUUGAAUGAUGCUGUAGAGGAUGAGUUUGCUCAAGAAGUGGCAAUUCUCAGGGAAGUCCAGCAUAAAAAUGUUGUUCGUUUUGUCGGAGCAUGUACACAGUCUCCACAUUUGUGCAUAGUGACAGAGUAUAUGCCUGGAGGAAGUCUAUAUGACUAUUUGCACAAGAACCAUAACGUGAUGAAGCUCCCGCAGCUGCUAAAGUUUGCAAUCGAUGUCUGCAGAGGAAUGGAGUACUUGCAUCAAAAUAACAUAAUUCACAGGGAUCUGAAGACGGCAAAUUUGCUUAUGGACACUCAUAAUGUUGUUAAAGUGGCAGAUUUUGGGGUAGCUCGUUUCCAAAAUCAAGGAGGAGUAAUGACGGCAGAAACUGGAACAUAUAGAUGGAUGGCGCCUGAGGUUAUAAACCAUCAACCAUAUGAUCAAAAAGCAGAUGUAUUCAGUUUUGCAAUUGUACUCUGGGAGCUAGUGACAGCCAAGGUUCCAUAUGAUUCUAUGACUCCAUUACAAGCUGCACUUGGAGUGAGACAGGGACUGCGUCCAGAUCUUCCCGAUAAUGCACACCCCAAACUGUUAGAAUUAAUGCAAAGGUCCUGGGAUGCUGUUCCUAGCAAUCGGCCUUCCUUCUCUGAGAUAGCAGCUGAACUUGAAAAUCUGCUUCAGGAAACUCCAGAAGCAGCAAAUGGAACCUGAAAAUUUUCCUCACAAAACAUUUACCACCGGCUCAUUUUUAAGCAUUCGGAUGAGAAUUUGUUUUGUUUGUUCUUUCAAUUUGUUUUUGCUCUUUUUCUCCCACAUAUAUAUAUAUAUAUAUAGAGGUUAGAUUGUACAACAAGGAAAAGUGAAACUUACAAAAGGUUUUUCUGGGAUGAAGUUAGGUACAGUAUACUCAUCCUCAAAACUGGAUUUCGUAACAAUACAAUUGAAAUCGUUGUAUACUAUGCUUUGCCUUGGGGAAGGAGAUAAUGUAUACUUUGUACUGGAUGGUGGAUAUAUAUCUAUAACACUCAGGAAGCUGGUGAAUGUUUACUGCAA